AUGCCAACAUUCAGUCUAGGCCGACUAGGCCGCUUCCAAAUAUCCCGUCUUCUUCCUUCACACACCUCAUCGCGAACAAAGCACCCGGAUCUACUAUCAUCCCCGCCACCUGAGUAUACUGACAUUGCCAAAAUCGAAACUAAGUACCACGCUCCAUCACAAGCUCAACCACCAGAAUGCAAGACUGAGCAGGUGUGUCGUUUCCUCAUUGAAAUCCUCGCAAUAACCUUCCAUGCGAACUUCGACGAGCUGAAUGCAGCCAUCUACAACAUUCCCGUACCAAGUGGCACGAACACAGUCCUUUGCGAUUCUGAGCGCGCGGACCUCCUCGCACAAUCCAACCUCGUACGCAAAGUCCACGGGCAUCUCGUACGCAACGAAAAGACGAUGAUAGAUCGAAAGGAUGAGAAUAAACUUUGUGCAACUAUCGUUCAACCUGUGGAAAGCCUCGAGCGCGACAGCACACUGCCUAGCUACUCUUUGGACAUGAUAGGGUGGUACGGCGAAGAAGUGCGAUGGCCAUCUGGUACAGGCUGGGCAUCCACCAUUCCCGGAUAUUGGGAGACGGACCCAUGGCCAUACUUAGAAUCGAAAGGCUACAAAGCGCAGGUCAAGGAAUCCAUCAAGAUGGUGCACCAACGCGUAUCUCAGCGAGCUCUACUGCUGAGCGCGACACUCGGCCUUGCCGGUGCAGUCGCCGUGCCAGAGCCGACAGCUGUCCCCGCCAAGGUCGAAGUUCGGGCGCCUGUUGUGACUCCCGCGGCGAUCCGGUUCGAAGGACGGCACAGCUACGUGCAGAGGAGGGACAUUAUCGAUGAUAUCAAGAGUGGCGUUGAGAACUAUGCAAACUCAAUUGGCAGCGUAUUGGGAACAGACCUGCCCAGCUUCUUCACAGAUGGCAUUCCCGGCUGGUUCGAGGGCCUGCCCACCGGCAGCGAAGUUCUCUCAAGCCUCGGCAUCGGCGACGACGAUUUGGCUGCGAAGCCCACCGAAGUCCUCAACAUUCCUCCCUAUGCGAACUGGACUGACCAGGGCUGGAACGUGCGCUUCCACGGCAAUGUCUACAAGUUCCCGGAUAUCGACCAGAACAAGGUCGACGACUUGGCCAACGUCUUCUUGAUCGACACGAGCGUCGCCGAGCUGCCUGACAACCAGAAGGCUCAGGCACGCAACCUCACGCGAUCUAUCUUCAUCGUCCAGCAAGGCGGUGUCAAUGUCUCCAUGUCGCUCGAGCCCGCGCCCAUGCAGGGUGGCGACGGCGAGCCUGGAGGCGGCAACUCCAUCGAGGCUCCCGGCGGCGUACAGAACCUCACUCUCCCCUACGAGACGACGGUAGAAGGUGACUUUGAUGUUUUCGUACCGAUCCAGUCCAACGGCCUCCUUCCUGGUAACGAGACCAACAACGUCCAGCGCUUGAACGUCUACACCAACGGCACCAUGAGCGGCAAUGCCACUGCCUUCCUUGUCCCUUCCGAGGGUAUCACCUUCAUCUCCGACAUUGACGACAUCCUCCGCGUUACCAAGAUCUACGAUCCUAAGGAAGGUCUCCUAAACUCCUUCGCUCGCCCCUUCACCCCCUGGAUGAACAUGCCCGAGAUCUACGCCAACUGGUCGCGGACCCUCCCCAACAACACGCAUUUCCAUUACCUGACCACCACUCCCGAACAAGCCACCCGUCUCUACAUGGACUAUAUCUACAAGACAUACCCAGGCGGCUCCUUCGAUACGCGCCCAUUGAACUUCUCAGACGUUUCCGCCACACUGUCCAUCCGCAUGUUCCUCCUCCAGAAAGUCUUUGCGACCUUCCCCCAGCGCAAGUUCGUUCUCGUAGCCGAUACCUCCAACAGCGACGUCAUGAAGGACUACCCACAGCUCGCACACGACUUCCCCAACCAAGUCCAGUGUAUCUUCCUGCGCAACACCUCCGCCACCGACUCGGACAUGUGGUUCCCGUACAACACCGAGGGCUUCAAGGGUCUGAACAACAGGAGCUACAUGUUCUUCCGUGAGCCGAAUGACUUGGCUGGUUUGGAUAUCGCCAACGGACAGUGCUUGAACGAGACGAUUCCCCAGAACGUUACCUUCUCAAGGCAGGCGGAGAUUCUGGGUAUUCAUGGAGAUAGUGCGGGUGGUAAGCUACAGAGCGGUGCUACGAUUAGCUUCGUGGUUGCGCUCUUUGCUGCUGUUGCUCUGUCUUUGUAA